AUGUCGGGCAAAAGCUCCUUGUCGCUUGAAUCAAAACAGACAUCUGUUACAAUAGUUCAAGAAACGUCAGUCCCAACCAAGAACUACAAUGGAGCUGGUGGUGUCCUGGCUGAGGGUGGCUCACUAGAGUUCUAUGAGCCUAUCGCGGAGUACGAAGGGAGACAUCGAUAUGACCCACUCGCCGAGUGGACAGAGAAGGAAGAGAAGCUACUGGUCCGAAGGCUCGACUAUAGAAUCUGUUCUUGGGUCUGUCUAAUGUUCUUCGCCCUCCAGCUGGACCGGGGCAAUAUCGGACAAGCAUUGUCUGAUGGAAUGCUCGAUGACCUCGGGUUAUCAACUAACAAUUAUAAUUACGGCAUGACGAUAUUCUAUCUUUGCUUCUUGUGCGCAGAAGUGCCGUCGCAAAUGAUUUCGAAAAAGCUCGGCCCCGACGUAUGGAUUCCCAUCCAGAUGGUCCUUUGGAGUGUUGUCGGCAUUUGCCAGGGUCUAGUCACCGGCGAACAGAGCUUCUAUGCGACUCGGGCUCUGCUUGGUCUGAUAGAAGGUGGCUUUAUUCCUGAUGCACUCCUUUACCUGUCCUACUUUUACACGAAUAAUGAGCUACCUAUGCGCGUCGCUUUUUUCUACUGUAUGUCCCACACUACCAGUAUCAUUGCGGCCUUCUUGGCAUUUGGGAUUCUUCGUAUGCGCGACAUACGUGGCUGGGAAGGCUGGAGGUGGCUAUUUGUUCUUGAGGGGGCGUUGACUCUUGUUAUUGGUGUUGUCUCUUGGUUUUACCUGCCUCCGAGUCCGACACAGACUGCAAGCUGGUUUCGAGGGAAAGAUGGUUGGUUCUCAGAAAGGGAAGAGGUCAUCAUGGUCAAUCGAGUCCUGCGAGAUGAUCCAGCAAAGGGUGGUAUGCAUAACCGUCAAGGCCUCACACUAAAACUUAUGUGGGACGCCCUCAUGGACUACGACCUUUGGCCAAUGUACCUUAUGAGCCUCACGCUACUUAUUCCUACCACUCCUGUAUCAGCAUACAUGACCCUCUUCCUGAGGUCACUUGGCUUUGAUACAUUCCAGGUCAACCUUUUGACCAUCCCUGCAACCGCGUUAUUCUUGGUCCAACUGGUCUUCUGGUCUUGGGUUUCCGAAAAGAUUAAUAACCGUAUGGGAAUUGUGCUAUUUUAUUCAUUCUGGGUUUUCCCUCUUUUGAUCGCACUAGAGCUUAUGCCAGCAACUGCUAGUCCUUGGAGUUGGUACGCAGUCACAGUGCUAGUUAUUGGCUUCCCCUAUGUUCAUUCCAUCAACGUCAGCUUAAUAUCCCGGAACUCCGGUUCUGUGCGCACCCGCACUGUGGGCAGUGCAGUAUAUAACAUGAUUACCCAAGCCGGUGCUAUCAUUUCUUCCAACAUAUACCGAACUGAUGAUCAACCCUACUACCGAAAAGGAAAUAAGAUCCUUCUUGCAAUCGUAGCAUGGAACGUUUUCAUCACGAUUUUCACCAAGUUCUACUAUAUACGGAGAAACAGAAUACGCGAACAGCUUUGGAAUGCUAUGGACCAUGAGCAGAAACAUCAUUAUUUGAGUACAACGAAAGAUGAAGGUAACAAGAGAUUGGACUUCCGAUUUGCCCAUUAG